AUGUUCAGACAAUCCCUAAGAACUGUCACCAAGAUCAACAGAUUAGCCGGUGUUAGAACCUAUGCAGAAGCUGCAGAGAGCUUGAAGUUAUCCUUCUCCAUGCCUCACGACACUAUUUUCAUUAACAAGGAAGUCACCCAAGUUAAUGUUCCAGCUGUUUCCGGUCAAAUGGGUAUCUUAGCUAAUCACGUUCCAAUUGUUGAACAAUUAAAGCCAGGUGUUGUUGAAGUCUUAGAAGGUUCCAACUCUUCUAAGUUCUUUGUUUCUGGUGGCUUUGUUUCUGUCUUACCAGAGUCUAAGAUUGCUAUCACUUCUGUCGAAGCUUUCCCAUUAGACUCUUUCGAACCAUCUACUGUUAAGACUUUAUUAGCAGAAGCACAAAAGAAGGCUGAUUCUUCUGACGAAUUAGCUGCUGCAGAAGCAUCUAUCGAAGUUGAAGUCUUAGAAGCUUUAUCUACUGCUUUAAACUAA